AUGGAAGUUUCAGUUGGAGGCCGAGGGGGCGUGUCCGGAGAUGGUGGGUGUGUCGACCUGAGUACAAAGCAUGAACCACUUGGAGGGCUUUUCAACCCUGUUAAGGAGCCCGCAGACUGGAGCCGCUUCAAGUUGAGCCAGGAGCAGGUGGAUCAGUUCUGGCGAGAUGGUUACCUGACCAACAUCCCUGUGCUGUCAGAGGAACAGUGCGACAAGAUCUUGUCAGACUAUCAGCGAAUUAUUGAAGAGAACGACAAACUUCCUGGAAUGGAUUUGUUAUAUGAGUUCCACUGCAAUCAGACCAACGAUCCGCGUAAUGUUCUCCUGCACUGCCUAGGCCACUGGAGACUGAUGCCGAGCUUCCAUGAUCUCUGCUUCAUGCCAAAUAUUGCGGUCCCCGCCUCACAGCUGUUGGAUCCCAAUCAGGAGCGGAAGGUCAGAUUGUGGCACGACCAGCUCUUUGCAAAGCCACCCCAUUGUGGAGGCAAUGUCGCCUGGCAUCAGGACUAUUCCUACUGGACUCGGACCGUGCCCAUGGCUCACCUGACCAUUCACAUUGCCCUAGAUGCCCAGACACUGGAUAAUGGCGGCCUGCAGUACGUACCUGGAUCGCACAGAUGGACCAGGGAUGGGGCUCCCCUGCCCGUGACUGACUUCAACUUCAAAGAUAUGGACUCAAUUGAGACAAUCUUGACGGAGGAAGAAAGGGCCAACUUCAAGCCAGUCCACGGCCUCCUGAAGAAAGGACAGGCAAGCAUCCACCACCCGCUGACGGUCCAUGGAUCUAAACCCAACAGGUCGGAGUAUUCUCGCCGCGCAUGUGUUGUGAACUACGUCGCUGAUGGGGUGUGCAGUAAUUCAGAUGAGCCGCUACUGAAAGGAACCAACUUGAUCAAAAAGGGAGACAAGAUGGAAGGGCAGUUCUACCCACUGAUCUAUGAUCCUGCGUGGUCCAGGGCCUAGAUGCAUGUAGCCUUUAGUCAAGUGCCACGCGCCUAUACCAGGACCAUCCGGACACGUAACGCACCCCGGAUUUUGGCACGU